CCUGCCCCACCCCUUGGGGAGAACAUCUAGGGCUGGUUGGCUGGCUCCUAGUUCUGUGACUCUCUCCCUCUCUGCCCUACCACAGUUCCUGCCUUCCUGGGAGGACAUUCUGCUGAAGCAGACCACACUGAGGACUAGCUCCGCUCUCCUCUGCUCUGCCUCUCCAUGCUCAGCAGCCACAAUGGUGCUGGAGCUCUACCUGGACCUCCUCUCCCAACCUUGCCGGGCUGUCUAUAUCUUUGCCAAGAAGAACAACAUCGCCUUUGAAUUCAAAGAUGUGGAGCUGUUCAAGGAUUCCAUCCUGGGGACAAAAGUGCCGGGUGCAAGUGACCCAGGGAGGUCGACGCAAUCAGGGCCGCUGCCCAAGGUGAAUGUGGUGAAGAAAGUUCCUGUGUUGAGGGACGAAGCCUUUGUUCUGGCUGAAGGCACCGCCAUCCUUCUCUACCUGAGCCGCAAGUACAAGACACCCGACCAUUGGUACCCGUCGGAUCUACAGAAACGGGCCAAGGUGGACGAAUAUCUCUCCUGGCACCAGGCAAAUAUCCGGGCCAACGCCCCUAAGACCAUGUGGAUCAAGGUGCUGAUCCCUCUCCUGACAGGCCAGCCUCUUCCCCCAGAGAAGCUGCAGGAGGUCAUGGAGGGCCUGGGCACAUCCCUGAGGCAGCUGGAGGAGCUCUUCCUGCAGGACAAGCCCUUCCUGGUGGGGAACGAGGUCUCCCUCGCAGACCUGAUGGCCCUUGUGGAGCUCAUGCAGCCGGUUGGUGUCGGAUGCAACAUCUUUGAGGAGAGACCGAGGCUGGCCGAGUGGCGCAUCAGAGUGGAGGAAGCCAUCGGGAAAGAGCUCUUCCUGCAAGCGCAUCAGCUGAUCCUGAACAUCAAAGAGCUGAGCAGAAUCCAGGUCCACCCACAGCUGAAGGAGCAACUUGCCCCUGUGCUGCUGAAGAUGCUGAAAUGAAUAAAAGCUUCCCAGGCAAGAGGUG